UAACAUGCUGCUUCAAAAUUUUAUUAUAUUGAUUUUGCUGGCCAGUCUCAUGGAUAAAUCUACUGCAAAAGUAUCCGAUGGUUACAAAUGGUGUACGGUGGUUAGAGAUGGAAUUUGUGCAAAUUAAAGUAUUUAUUUAUUUCCAAUAAAUAUAAUUACCAAAAAAAGUUGCAUUCAAUUGAUUUAUAAAAAAAAUUAUCGCCACAUGGUUUUAAAAACACAUUUAUCCUAACUUACAAGUUACACACAUGUUUUUUAUCAUUCGCGAACUGGACAAAAUAAUGCUUUGAAUAAGCCAUUGGCUUUUAUCAGACUACAGUUGUUCAACUGAAAACGUUUGAAAAGCAUCGAAAAUGCCAGUUCAACCAAGUUUAUUUUCGGUUAUGGUUAAGAUUCUCUUUCUUAGAGCCACUGUUAUGGCCAAACCCAAUUCAGAAACUCUUAUACAAAACAUCCUUGGGGUCUUCGCAAAGAACACAAGCCUCAGCAAUGGUGAGCUUCCUAUGGUCAGCAAUUAUUUCUGUCCGCUCAUCCUGCUCUUCAUUUGGAUAGUCUCUAUAUGUAUUUUAAUUUGUACCUGCGUAUACUGCAGGUUCGUUAAAUCGGAAACAUUCACCACCUACGACUCGAACAGCUUUGAGAUGCAGGAUGUUCAUAUCCUGGAGCCCACACUCAAACAUGUUAAAGGAUGUGCUUGCUUGGAGUGCCUGCAUCGUCAGUUGGCCAAGGAACUGGAAAAGAAAAAUGUAAUGUGA